AUGGCAGCCUCCAUCCUCAGAGUUGGACGUCUCGGUUGUUUAAAGUGUUUUCAUUUGGAGAGUUUUUGCAUUCUGAGAAGAGCUCCUGCAGCAAACCUUAGCACUAAAUCUAGCGACCCCAAGAAACCGCCCAGAAAAACAAGUAUAACUCAACUCGACCCAGUACAGAAACUUUUCCUGGAUAAAAUUCGAGAGUACUCAACCAAGAGCAAAGUGUCUGGAGGACCAGUUGACGUUGGCCCAGAGUAUGAGAAAGCUUUAUCAGAGGAGCUGACCAAACUUCAGAGAUUGUACGGAAGAGGGGGAGACCUCACAGCGUUCCCAGAAUUUCAUUUCCCUGAGCCCAAAUUAGAGGAAGCAUCCACCAAAUAA